CAAUAUGAAACAGCUGUCGAAAGGGAUUAUAAUGAAGCAAGUGUUUUUAUGUGGAUUGUUAUUAAGCAUUAUAAUUGUCGUGGUCAACGGACAAGGAUACCUUCCAAGGCGUCCUCCAUCCAAUCCAAUCUGUAGUUUACCUCGUGAGCCUGGUCCGUGCAGAGGUUCCUGUCCCCGGUAUUACUACGACACCAGAAGGGGCACCUGUCGUUCCUUCACCUAUGGAUGCUGUGGGGGAAAUGCAAACAACUUUCAAACAAGACAGCUUUGUAAUAGAAUUUGUAACACUAAAGUCUGUCCUGAAAUAGCCUGUCUUGUUGGAGCAUGUACUUUUCAGACCUGUCCGGCCUAUCCUCAGGCCACUUGUUUUGCUGUUUGCCCAUGCACAUCUGUUUGGAUAUAUGACGGAGAAGACGUCUCUAACCGUUGUUUCAGCAGAGGUUAAUUCAUAAUCAGUGCACAAAACAUGGUGCGAAUAAUAAAAAAAAUAAUAACACUCAGCCUUACACUGUAUCACUCAAUAACUUUUAUCAUCUAAAUCAGAGUUAACAAUUAUGACUGCAUUAAUCAGCGUCCAGGAAAUUCAAAAAUCCUUACAUGUAUCAUCUAAUUGCAAUUAUAAAAAAAAACAUUCAGGGAUUAACAAAGUUGCAACCAAUUAAAUUUUAGGAUAUGCACAUG